AUGGCGGCGGCUGUGGGGCCGAUGAGUUGCGUGCUGUGCAAGGCGUUGCUGUUCGACCCCGCUCGCUGCGACCCUUGCAAACACGUGUACUGCAGGGAGUGCAUAGCGCGGUUCACGGACUGUCCGCUGUGCGGGUGCGACGUGAAGGCGCUGCUGCCAGAUGAGGCGCUAGCACAUGCUGUGGACGCCUUCAUCUCCGCGCACGUGCUGCACCGCCCCGUCCCCGCCCCCCUCCCGCCCGUGCCCGCGCCGCAUUCUGAGUCGUCACACAAUGCGCCAGAGGCUGCCGCUGCUGGUGGUGCUGAUUCGUCCGGCACAGAUGCUUCUGCAGCUGCAGAUUCAGCAGCAGCAGCAGCAGCGGAGCGGGAGGCGGAGGCAGCGAGGGUGGAGGUGGAAGCACUGGACCUGGACAAGGCCAGCCCGGGCAGCUUCCUCUUCCUCCACGCCAUGCGGGCCAUGCAGCAUGGCAACCUGCCCAGUGCGCGGGCUCGCUUUGCGCUCUCCGCCUCCUCACUCAAGGCCUUCCUCUCCAUGCCCUCCGCUGCUGCUGCCACUGCUACCGCUGCUCAUGCUGAUGCUGCUCGUGGUGGCGAGCGAGCAGUGCAGGAGGGGCAGCAGCAGGGGCUGGAGAGGCCUGGUGGUGGUGACUCUGACCGUGGUGCUGUUGAAGAUGAGCUGCACCACGCGCUCUGUGUGACGCUCAACAAGCUGGGCGACCUGCACUACCGCUCCGACCGCGUGCCUGAAGCGCUAGCUCUCUACCAGCAGGCUCUUGCACGCAGGCAGCAUGCACUGGCUCGCACUGAAGCAGGCACCCACGCAGGGGGCUUGAAGGGUGCUGUGAGGGAGACGGCCAGCAAGGCAUUAGACGUGGCAGUGUCAACAGCCAAGGUAGCGGACGCGCAGCAGGCGCUGGGGGAGGAGGAGAGUGCGAGGGAGGGCUUCUCACGCGCACUGCGCCUCGUGCAGGGCGUCAAAGGGACUCUCACUGCCGCUGCUGCUGGCGGACAGGGGGACUGCUUGGCUCUGCUGGAUAAGGUGGAAGCCACACAGGCUUUCCUGCAACAGCAGCUGGCGGCCGCAACAGGAACAACAGGAACUGCAGCAGCAGCAGGGGCGACUGAAGCAGGAGAGGCAGAUGCUAAGAGCUGA